AUUAUACAUAUUUAUUAAUGAAAAAAAAUCUAUGAAUACGAUAUAUGCAUUUGAAUGUGGAUUAACCCCAACAUUCCACCAAUCCAGAAAUAUUUUUUUCUUUUUUCUAAAAUAAUUUUCUCCACAACACCUUUUAAAUAAAUAUGCAUGUCACUACAUGCAAGGAGGUCCUUGAAAGUAAAAUUUUGCUGCCUAAGUCACCUUGUACUGUCAUCACCUGGGUGCCCAAAAGUCCAUAUAAUAUUUCCUCUGAUGAGAGAACCUUUCCAAUCUGCGCCUGCUCCAGCUCUUUGUCCAUUGUUCUGGCUUGGACAUGAGGCCAAUUGCUCUCAUGUUUGUGCAUGUUUGAGAGGUGAGGAAACAGGGUCCAUAGAAAGACAAGUGAUGCUGAAGGAGUUGCCAUGACAGUGGGUGAGGAAGAGAGAGGGAAGUUGCAAGAAGACUAAACUUGGCAAGAUGUCAUAGAUAAGUGUAAAGCAGGUGACAGAUUUGAGGAGAAGCAAAAAGACUCUGGUUGGAGGCAGAGGAGGAGGGGGCCUGCGACGAGACACAAGCAGGUGGGGGAGGUCUGAGGGGACAAAAGAUAGGCUGGCCAGGUGGACUGGAUCUCAGUGUGCGGCGGACAUGAUCAUUGCCCCAUGCCGUUAGCUGCAAGAAGAGAGACAACCGAGUGAGGAGCUGAGACGGGACGCAGGAUGGUGAGGUGCUGGAAACAUUCACAACAUCAUUUGGACGAGGCACAGUGCACGGAUGGGGACCCAGCUGUUCCUUCUCAGUUCCGCUUCCCCCACAAGGCAUUUUGGCCCAGUCUCACUGCAGUUCUGCUCCUGUUUAUCCUUGUCUUUGGUUUAACUGGACAUUUCAGGACAUCACAGCCAUCCACCCAGAUUGUAAGAUUCUCCUCUCCAGAUCCAGCUGGCAGAGUUGUCAACCAAUCAGCAGUUGUGGACCCGGAAAAUGAUAUAGUGACAUUUUAUCUAAUAUCACCAGUUAACGAGAGAUCCACUGUGCUUUUUGAUAUCAGACAAGGUUUGAUAUGUUACAAGCCAGUACACCAAAAGACUUGCUUCCUGCAAAAGAUGGAAGAGUCUGACUAUGACAACGUACGCUCCUUCCUCCUUGAGCCAAAACAAAAGCUAGGGGCUGCAUGUGGCUGUCACAUAACACUGGGUUUGUCUGUGCAGGCUCAGUACCAUCUAGUUGUGAAUGAAACUCUGAGACAGACAGAGUUUCUAAGUGUUGUGGGAUCAAGUGUGGUGGACAUGUCCACACUGAACGAACCACUGCAGCAACUGUGCCAAGACCGAUCUGUUCACUGGACCAAGAAAACUGAUGGCCCAGGCAAACAGAGGCUAGUUUACUUCUGCAUUGACAUCUGCUUCCCCAGCAACAUCUGUGUGUCUGUGUGUUUCUAUUACCUGCCAGAAUGACAUUCCCUUCUCAUCAAAUAACAGAGACAAAGUUACCUUUUCAGGUACUUUUACAAAAAGAAGGAAGUCUGUAAACAGGCAAGGCGGUGUAUUUCAAUGCUUCUGAGAGUGAAGUGCUGGAGACAGGCUGUCACAGUUAUCACCAAAGCCUUCAUCACUCCCUUCAUGGGUUUUACCUGCUCUGGUAGCACGCUGCACAAUUACAUGGGAGAAAAUCCCUUUUCUACAUGCCACUAACUGUAUUUUCU